ACGAUUGUGACGCAUAACAUUUCCAGUCAACGACUGCCUUUCCUUCUCCGAGGAAAUGGACUGUACUGAUUCUUAACAAAUCUCACAUUUUUACACGCUUUUCUGUGGUUAUUUGCUACAGUAAGGAUGAUAAAAAAAAGUUUUUGGGAGGAUAGGAAAACUACCAUGAGUAGAGGACAGUGUGUUUGGUGAAGUAAUAAGCUGCAUUAGCGCCCUCUACAGCGGCCAUGAGGAAAUGUCAGCUGCACAUUAUAUUGCUGAUUCUGAUCAGCCAAUCAUACGCAAUACUAUCACAUUUUGGAAUUAGAGAAGCCGGGACAGAGAAGUCAAAAUGUCAUGAUAAUGAAUACUUGAGUAAGAAGGGAUUCUGCUGUGAUAAAUGUCAUCGAGGGUUUAAGUUGAAAGCGGAAUGCCCUGAACCGAAUUUAAGGUCAGAGUGUGUGAAAUGUGAAAAUGGAACCUACAUGGACAACGCAAACUACAAUCCAAACUGCUUCAGCUGCCGGACUUGCAAAAGACCCUAUUUUAAGGAGAAAACACAAUGUCAAGCAGAGAGCAAUAGCGUGUGUGAGUGUGAGGAGGGAUAUUACAUGAAGAAAUUAAGCGAGUCAUCAUGGGAAUGUUUUCCCUGUAGGAAGGAAUGUGGACCUGGACAGUUUAAAACUAGGGAAUGUGAUCGUGAACAGAAUACAAACUGUACGUGCAAAGAAAACCAUUACCCUGUGGGUAAAACCUCCUGUGAGCCAUGCGUUGAAUGUGGGAAAUGGUGUAAACACUUGUGCAUAACCAGCAGUCCAGCAAUCCCUGUUAUUUCCCCUCGAAAUCCUUCAGGUGCAUUACCUCAAAUACUGGUUCCCGUUUGUGCAUGCAUCACGGUUGUAGCAUUGGGAGUGUUUAUGUUAUAUGAAGGCAUCAGGCUUCAGAGGAAGAGGAAACGUGCAUUGUCAGCGCCGUCCUCAUCAGCUGCUCCCCAAGAUCAGACAUUUACUAUCACGGUGCCAUCAGACAAUUUAGAUGAGAGCGUUCCUUUUAGAAAUCAGCAAUGCGAACCAGAACAGCACAGAACACUCCCAGACUGCAUCCCCAGAGAGAUCAAAAUUCACGAGUUCUUCUAUUUUGUGCUGGAUGAGGUCCCUAUCGGACGAUUUAAAGAACUUGCACGUCGGCUUGGUGUUUCCGAGCAGAACAUUGACAGGGCAGAACAAGACCACCGGAACUGCAAGGAUGCCCACUAUCAGAUGCUGAAGGUUUGGAGUGACAGUGGCAGUGGAGGAGGGAACAAUGUUUUGCCAUAUCACCGCAUCCAGAUGUUCAUAGAUACAUUAAAGGACAUGUAUUUGGCUAGCUGUGCAGACAACAUCGAGAACAGGUUCCUUUCGAAGGACACGAGCUCUUCAUAAUGAGGCGCAUUGGAGGAAAAUGGAGAACAGGGCAUUAAUAGAGACCUUAACCUUUCACUCAGUUCCAAUGGAUUCCUUCCCUUGAGAGUGAAAGUGCAUCUACUGCUGUAUUACUGCUUAACACCACGGCAUAUUUUCAGAGGUCUCAAGAUUUCACACUAAAAUGUUAUGUGAAUGUUGUAUAUAUUUCAUCAAAGCUUUUUCAAGUGCUGUCAAAGUUUAUAUCAUGUAUCUGGGCAAGGGUGGAGGGGUGGCUGGGGUUCGGGUUGUCAUUUUUUACUCAUUUAAUAGAGAUGACAUCAUGGAUAUUUUCUCACAGUUGUACUUAUAAUAGCACAAAACCUGACCUAUGAAAUGUGGCCUGAUGCAUGUUUUGUGGGAUUUACCAAAAAAUGCCUUCAACUGUAUAGAUUUAUUUUUAAACAAAAGCUCUCUUUAAUUGCAUUUGUAUUGUCAUAUGUUUUUGUAUAUCUCAUGGGCUUUUAAUAUGGUGCUUCAGCAAAAAAAUAGCAUUAAGGUGCGUGUGCAAAUUUAAAGCUGAUUUGACCACAGAUGAUUUGUAUUAUCAAGAGAAUCAAGGUACGUAUUUGUUAGCUGAAACAAUUUUUUAAAUGUUCUAUCCUCUGCAGCUGAAAUGUAUUUUUUAGUUAUUACACUGCUGGUUAUAUAUUUGGCUCGUGUCCCCAAAACAGUUGUUCUUCUAUUAAACUUUAAUAGAACUUGAAAACCA